AUGCCGCAGGAGGUGUCGCCGGGAAGUUCCCUCCGGGUGGUGGUGCGCUGUCGCCCGCUCCUGUCCGGGGAGCGGGGCCACACCUGCGCCCGCGUUGUGUUGGAUGCAGACUGCGGCAAGGUGCUCGUGGCCGGCAAGAACCAGGAGAAUGCACGAUGCUUUACCUUUGAUCGCGUCUUGGGGCAGGAUUCGCAGCAGGAGGACAUCAUGGACGAAGUUGCACCGCUGAUAGAACAUGUCCUGGAUGGGCUUCAUGCGACAGUGUUUGCUUACGGCCAGACGGGCAGUGGAAAGACGUACACCGUGGAGGGCAUCGAGUACAUGCGAAACGGCGGUGAUAGUCUUCAGCCAAAUAUCAAAACAGAUCCCCAGCAGCACGGCAUUAUUCCCCGCGCUAUUCAGCUCAUUUUUGACCGUGCACGCCAGAUGCAGUCACAAAACAAUCACGUGCAGUUCCAGCUCAGGUGUAGUUUCUACCAGAUAUACAAUGAGCG